GUAUACCAUCUACCCUGCCGGACCGACCUCCCCUGUCCAGGUUUACUGUGACAUGGGCUGUGUGGAUGAACCAGAAGGGGGUAGAUGGACGGUGAUUCAGAGGAGAAAGGAUGGGACCGUUAACUUCUACCGAAAAUGGGAUCAGUACAAGAGUGGGUUUGGGCAAGCAUCUGGAGAGUACUGGUUGGAUAUAAAGGAACAAUGAAUCAAGAAGACAAAAAAGACAAGGCCAAUGGGGGAAGCCUUUCUCAUGUUCUUGCUGACAAAGCAGAAGACCUCAAUUCAGAAAUGGCAUCUUCCAAGGCUGUGAGCAAACCUAAGAGGAAGACCAACAUGAGUCGCCUGAGAGAGGCUGUGAGGGAUUGGGAAAAGAAGGCCAGAGAGGCCACAGCCUCAGAGAGGGAGAUGGCCAAAGAGGUGGAGAUGAUGAAGGUGGACAGACAGAUCGUUGAGGAGACGAUUGACCGGCUUCAGCAGAAGCUUCAGAUUGAAGGACAGGCUCGUCUUCAUGCGGAACAAGCCCUGGCGCUGGCUCAGACCAACCUGCAGGACCAGGAGAUAAGAUUCCAGCUGGACCGCGACAGACUAUUAGGUCUGUUGUCAGGCAAAGACGAAGCCUUGAUCAGUCUUCAGACCCAGACCUCCCUGGCUGUGGCCGUCAAGGCCGAAGCAGAAACAGCAGUCGGCGUCGCCAUGGCAAACCUCCAGGACGCCCGCAGGAUCACGCAGGAGCUGAAGGAUCGUUUGACCUCUCACCUCCAAGCCUGGGAGAAGGAGAGGCAGGAGCUGAGAUCUCAGAAGAACCAGGCAGUGGAAGCUCUGAAGAUCUCUGAACAGGGUCUCACACGGACCACAGCCAAGCUGCUGGAGGUGGGAAACAGGGUCCCCAGUCCAGCUCAGCUGGGGGUCAAGAUCCAGACGGAGAUCUCGGCCCUUAAAGCUCAACUCUUUGCGGCCCACUCAGCCCGAACCAGGGCUGAGAUGACAUGCAAGAUGACCAGAGCCAAUCUCGCGAACCUGGAGAAAAACCUUUGUGCCGAGGUUGCCAAAAGGGAUGACAACAUCCUCAUCCUCUCCAAUGAGAAAAAGGAGGCCCUCCAGGUCACAAAAAAGGGUGAGCAAGAACUGGAGGCAUUCAGAUCCAACCUGAUGAAGAUGGCGGGCUCCAUGACCAAACUGCAGCUUGACCUGAGGGACAAGGGCAAUCAUUGCAGUGUUUUGGAAAAAGCCUUGGAAGAGGUUCAGGAAGACUUGCGUCAAACCAGAAAGGAGUUGAUCUGUAAGUGUGCAGAGAUCGAGUCUCUGCAGAAACAGGCUUGCCAGAGAUCAGUGGAACUGGAAGCUCUGGAAGCAAAAGAACUGAAACAGUGCCAAGGACACAUGGAACUUCAACAGCAACUUCGGCGUCAAGCUGAAACCACAUGUCAGGCACAAGAGAAAUCUUCGAUCAAGAGGAAAAAGAAGGGUGGCUGCUUUGGCCGCAUGCUUUUCUGGAGAAGCUCCCAGAAUGCAUAAGGGGACGGUAACCCUCGCCGCCUCCCUCCCCACAGCUUUCCUCAACCCAGCUCCUCCUUCACUCUAAACCACUGGGAUCCUUACUGCCACACACAUCUAUCCUCCUUACCACCAUCCAUCCACCUAUUCUUACACAAACCCCCACACACACACAUCUUCCAUCACCCUAAAACCCUCCUCUUGAUGUGUGGCAUCACGCAUAUCAGCAUGCUGGCUCGAUGGCUAAAUAAAAAUGCCUCCCAAAACUGUGGGCCUUGUUUUAUCCUCAAGGACAUAACACCUCACCCUCUACACCUCAGCCUCUACACCUCACCCUCUACACCUCACCCUCUACACCUCAGCCUCUACACCUCACCCUCUACACCUCACCCUCUACACCUUACACUCUACACCUCAGCCUCUACACCUCAGCCUCUACACCUCACCCUUUACACCUUACACUGUACACCUCAGCCUCUACACCUCACCCUCUACACCUCACCCUUUACACCUUACACUGUACACCUCACCCUCUACACCUCAGCUUCUACACCUCACCCUCUACACUGUACACUCUACACCUCAGCCUCUACACCUCACCUUCUACUCCUUACACUCUACACUUCCUACUAACACUUAACACACUCCAUGCUAGCACCUUCUAGACACAGUACUUUCUGUAUGCACUUACUAGGAACAAGUAGGCCUCAACCGAGCCCCUCAUCCAUACUUUUAAAAGGUGGUUAGGUGUGUGUGUGUGUGUGAACUAUAUCCACCCCUGUAUGCGUCUGUCGUCAAGUGGCUGUCUGUCUGUCGCCAGGGCUGGAGAACAUCCACCUCCUCACUCUGAGGAAGAAGUACGAGCUGAGGGUGG